GGUUUUGGUCGCCUGGGAAACCGCGUGACAACAAGAUGGCGGUGCUGCGGGACGGCUACAAGGCCCUGCGUGGGAGUUCCUGACAGCUAGAAUCUGGAAGGAGAACUAUGAGCUCACCUUUGGCUUCCCUUGGCAAGACUCGGAGAGUGCCUCUGCAAUCGGAGCCUGUGAAUACAAGGAGGCGAGAGAUAAAACUCUAUGGAGACGAAGAUGAGGUGGAUAUGCCAAAUGAUGGACACAGCUCAGAAGAAAGGAUCUCUGUCCCUUCCUGCUAUGGCCGAAUAGGUGCUCCUGUGAGUAGGCAAGUCCCUGUAUCCCAUGACUCGGAGCUGGUGGCCACCAUGGCAAGGAAGGUGCGGGAUCUGGAGCGGCAGGUGAAGGCCCAGGCUGACGAGAUGCUGUCCAAGGUGGGACCCCAGUGGGGAGAGGGCCAGGUAGAGAGGCUAGAGGAGUUGGUGGAGACCCUCCAGGAACAAGAGGACCAGAUGUCCCCGCAGGAGCAAAAAGAGCUGGAGACGAUGUGUGCACAGCUGCAGCGGCAGGUUGGGGAGAUGGAGCGGUUCCUCAGUGACUACGGCCUGCAGUGGGUGGGCGAGCCCAUGGACCAGGAAGACUCAGAGGACCAUACAGACUCAGAAGGUAGCAAGAGGGACUGGAUGACGGUCAAGAAGUUCUGGAAGCCAGGGGAUUCAUUGGUGCCCCCUGAGGUGGACUUUGACAGGCUGCUGGCCAGCCUGAAGGAUCUCAGUGAGCUGGUAGACAGUGACACCCAGGUGACGCCAAUGCCCAGUGGAGCGCGGCUCUGUGCCCUUGAGCCCAUCCCACUGAAGCUCUACCGGAAUGGCAUCAUGAUGUUUGAUGGGCCCUUCCGGCCCUUCCACGAUCCCUCCACACAGCGCUGCCUCCGAGAUAUACUGGAUGGCUUCUUCCCCUUAGAGCUCCAGCGCCUGUACCCUGAUGGGGUCCCUUUUAAGGUGAGUGACCUGCGCAAUCAGGUCUACCCAGAGACUGGGUUGGACCCCUUCCCAGGUGAGGGCCGCGUGGUCGGCCGGCAGAGGAUUCGCAAGCUCUCAGUCGCAGUGGAGUACCCAGGUUCCAGGAUGACCCCCGAGAAGUUCCUGAACCGUCUCCCCAAGUUUGUGAUCCGUAAAGGCGAGGUGAUUGACAUCCGGGGCCCCAUCCGGGACACCCUGCAGAACUGCUGCCCGUGGCCUGCCCGGAUCCAGGAGAUUGUGGUGGAGACGCCUGCUUUAGCUGCUGAGCGUGAGAGGAGUCAGGAGUCACCUGAAUCACCAUCGCCCCCGCUCUCCAUGCUACGCAUCAAGUCUGAGAAUGGCGAGCAGGCCUUCCUGUUGAUGAUGCGACCAGAGGACACUGUCGGUGAUGUGCGCGCCCUGCUCGCACAGGCCAGGGCCGUAGAUGCAAACACCUUCGAGAUCUUCAGUACAUUCCCGCCCACGGUCUACGACGACGCACUCACGCUGCAGGCUGCGGGUCUGGUGCCCAACGCGGCACUGCUCCUGCGGGCCCGCAGGGCUCCGCCGCCAGCCCCCUGACCCGGCCCACAAUGCGAAUAAAGCUCCCGCCCACCCACACCGGCUGCUCCACCAGGCUCUCAUGGAGGGGCAGCCCAGCUGGGCGCCAAGAAAGAUUCUCCAGCCCAGCUGGGCCAGGGGAGGGGGAGGUGCCGAAGGCCCUCAUUGUAACUUGAGCUCCAGCUGGCAGGCCUGGCCGCUGGGUCUUUGUCCUCUAGGUCCUUUCUCCGCAGAAGGGCUAAGCCCAUCCAGUGAAGGCCGGGCCCCAGCACAGGUAUAGCUGGGGCAGCAGAGCCUCAGGUGCAGGUUUGCAGCCAGCAGAUCCCUGAGCACAGAUAUGCACAGAAUCACAAGCACGUGGAGAUACUUCCUCAACACUAUGCACAAAGCCACGGCCCACAAACUGGCAGAAAUGUGGCUGUGUACCCACUCCCGUGACACACCCACUUAACCAAUCUGCUGGAACACAGGCAGGCAGCCAGCCACAUGGCACAGCAACAUUACUGACAGGAAUGCAAAUGUGCAGUACACACCAAGGCACAGACAUGUCAAUGUGCACCAUCGCAUGUGAACUGGAGGGGGACCCACCCCCAGUUUCCAGAAGCCAUCGGUCCACACAGGUAUGUGUAUGCCAGACAUAUAUCCAAACA